CUAGGCCUGUAAUUGCUCAGUAGAAAAUUGCAGUGCUAUAUUCGCUAGUUACUAGUUUUCAUGGCUACUCAUCAGCAUGGAAAUUACCCACCAGUCUCCAUAACAAACACAGUUUGUGUGUACCCAAAACCCUCACGCCCUCACAAACUUCUCCCCCUCUCCAACUUGGACAGGCAGUGCCCUAUGCUCAUGUACUUGGUUUUCUUCUACAAACCAUCUCAUUCCCAUACCCAGUAUCCUUCGCUCGGUUCGGUUUUCAAUUGCUUGAAAUCGGGCCUCGAAGAGACUUUUUCAGCCUGGUACCCAGCUGCAGGAAGGCUGAGGGCAAACCCGAGUGAUGGGAAGCUAGAUCUCUGGUGCAACAAUGGUGGUGCAAUUCUAGUUGAGGCUGUGACCCAAGUAAAGAUCUCAGAGCUCGGAGAUCUCUCACAGUACAAUGAAUUCUUUGAGGGCUUGGUUUUCAAGCCUGUUUGCAGUGACAAUUUCUCAGAGAUGCCCCUACUGGUUGCUCAGGUGACCAGGUUUGGUUGUGGAGGCUACUCAGUAGGCGUUGGUACAAGCCACUCCUUGUUUGAUGGACCAGCUAGCUUUAAUUUUCUUUCUGCAUGGGCUGCUAACACUCCUAUGUCAGGAAAUAUUAGAGGUCAUGAGCAGCAGCAUAAACCAGUGCAUGAGAGAGGAACACUCUUGCUUGGUCAUUUCCAAACCCAGAAGGGAAAGGGUAUUGCCAGAACACUUCAAAACUCAAAUCCAAUGAUGAUGGUUGCAGCCAUAGCUCAUCUUUACCAGCUGAUAAAACAAGCAGCAAUGGAUUUGGAUGGGAAGUUUGCAAAGAGAACGCAGCUUAUUUCCGAGGCGGGUUGCCCAAACCAGGAGAAUUUUGCUCUGAAGACCCUUCAUCUGAGUGCUGCAAUGAUAGAAAACUUUAGGAGAAAAAUCUCCAGCGCGAGUCGAACUGGAAUUUCAUGCUCAUCCUUUGAGGUUGUUGCAGCUCAUCUCUGGAAGGCAAGAACCAAGGCUUUAGGACUGAAGAACGAGAGACUGGUUUGCUUGCAAUUUGCAGUGGACACAAGGAACAAGCUGGUGCCACCACUGCCAAAAAACUUCAGUGGCAAUGCCUAUGUGCUUGCCUCUGUUGCUUUGACAGCGGCAGAAUUAGAGGAAGAAAGCCAUGAAGCCAUAGUCGAGAAGAUAAGGGAAGCAAAGAACUCUAUAAGCAACAAUUAUGUGCAAGCUUAUAUAAACGCACUCGAAUCAUCGCAGGCUACUCUCCCUCCCUUGAAAGAGUUGACCAUUGUUUCGGAUUGGACAAGGAUGCCCUUCCACAGGGUUAAAUUCCUGAAUCAGGAAGCAGCCUAUGCAUCCCCACUAGUUCCUCCACUCCCACAGGUUGCAUACUUCAUGCAGAGUCCUACAGAAAGUGGGGGCAUUGACAUGAGAAUUGGUCUGCAUCCACAAAUCUUUAAUGCUUUCUGUCACUACUUCCUCACCAAUUUCCAAUGAAGUUAGACAAUGCCCAUCUCCUUCUAAUGUUAUUUGGUAUCUAGACAGGUCAUUAGAACAUGAUCAUUGAUCAUGAUAAUAAGAUUUCUGAGAGUUGUAGUACAAGGGCUAGUUUUCAGAUAAUGACGUAUCAAAAUAUUGUA